GUCACAUUCAGACCUUUUUUGUGCCCACUUAUAACUUGCAGCAGAAGAGACUUUUAGACCAAUAGGACUGCUUUGGAGCCCUUCCUUUAUUUGCAUGUACUGAUGGUGUCUCAUCAACAGGUUCAAGAAGUUCUUGCUUAAAAUUAGUAUUUUCUAGCUUUCUCCUUUAGUUCUUCUUUGAGGUUUUGUUUUAUUGUUGGCUUAUAUUAAGGCUGUCAUGUUACUAUGAAUUAGUAACAUGUUAAUGCAUUGUGGUGAUGCUGAUAACUUGAACUUUUGGAAGGUGCUGGCAUUUUAAGAUUCUUUACUUUUGGCUUUGUAGGAGAGUAAAAAACUUUUUGGAUAAUUCUGUAAAUGACAUAAACAGUUGUGUUGAUAGCUGUGGUGAAUUAUCAGAGAUUAUUGCAUGUGUCCUCGUGAAAUUCUUGGUCCACGCGCAAGCUUGCUUUCAUGCUCUGGUCAAAGGGAAAUAAGUCUGUUAAUGUAUAUCAUACAUACCGUCAUGGAUAACUGAAUUUUUUGCAUUUUAGAACAAAAUGGCUUAUGAGAGGGCAGAGAAUGCGAAAAGGACAGAGAGUAUGGAGCUCCAAAAAGCUGCAGGGGAUAUGAAACUUAGCCAACUUAAUCUACUGGUGCGAGAACAGGAAGCCUUGCUGGUUGAAAGACAAGCACAGUUGCAAAGGUUGGAAGGAGAAGUAAAAACACAGCAGCGGAUAAAUGACAAUCUAACCCUUCAAAAAUCACAGCUUGAACAUGAGGUUCGUCAGUGUCAGGCCAAACUGGAGCUCGUAACGGCUGACAAAGCUGCUCGUGAGCAGGAACUAAGUCAUUCUAAACUGUUAAUUGAGCAGGCAGAGGCCAAAUGGUCCAUGGCUCAGAGGAAAUUGGAUGACCUUGUAAAUAAAAACCAAGAUCUUUGGAAUCAGAGUCCCACAUUGCAGAGAAAAACAAUAGUUGAGGAAAUUAAAAAGGAAAAUGUUCGAAGUGAAGUCCAAGCUGAGGCACUUUUACCAUUAGACAGUCAUUCAAGUGAGACCCACUCAAAUAUACUUAGAGACUAUCAGAAAGUGAAAGAUGAUUUACAACAGAAGUAUGAUGAGUUAAACUCAGUUCAGAAACGAGCAGAAAUAUCUGAGGAGGAAGCUCAAAGUUAUAAAAAGAUGUUGGAUGAUAGGGAUAACCGACUCAAGAAGCUUCAGCUGGAUAUGGAAGCAGAGAGGUUCAGCCUAAGAAAGAAAUUAGAAGAUCUUCACGAGGAGACACUAACCAUGCAAGGAACCAUCUCUGACUUACAAGAGGAAGUCAGAUCUCUCCACAGGGCAAAGUCCUCACUCGAACAAGAUGUGUUUUUCCAAAAUACAGAAGUUGAUGGUCUCAAAGAGCAGCUGAAGAUUACUCAAGGAGAAAUUCACAGAAGGGGCUCUUUGGAUCAGGACAACAUUGAAAAGAUUAGCAGUCUUGAGGAAGAACUAACUUCUAAGCAAAUGGUAAUAAAUCAGCUUAAUAUUAAGUGUGCUGAAUUUAGACGACUAAGCACAUCUUCUGAGAGUGAUCUGAGAGCUCUUCAGCUCCAUACUGAAGCGCUGGAAAAAGAGAAAUCCAAUUUAGAGCAAAAUGUGAAGUCUUUAAAGAGUGAAAUUCAGAGCUGUAAAGUCCAGCUUCAAGAGGCAAAUGAGGAAAUUGCGGUAAUGAAAAGAUCUGAACAGGAAUGCCUGUUCAAAUGUAAAGGUCUUGAGGCAGGAAUCCAAAAUUGUGAAUUUGUGGCCUCUCAGUUGCAGAAGAAAGCAGAUCAGUCAAAGCAAGCAAAUGCUGACUUGGAAAAUACUUUGAAGAGUACAAGGGAGAUGCAUGAUCAGGCACUGAUGGAAAUAGACCGAAAAGAUCAACAAAUUGAAAUUUUAAAGUCUCAGGUAGAAGCCGCCAAAUCACAGAUCAGAAUUAUUGAGGGAGAGCUCGAUACAAAAUCUCAGUACUCACAUGAGCUUCAGGUAAAAUUACAGGACCACAGCGAACAUGUAAAGACUUUAAGUGAACAAAAUUGUACAUUCAACUCCAAUGUCCUAAACUACCAAACUGAAAUAACAACACUGAAAUCAGACCUGAAAUCUGCAUUAGCCAAGAAGGAAAUGGCUGAGCAGAAGGUCCAUAUGCAAAAUUCUGAGAUUGAUGAGUUGAACACAAUGUUGAAAAACAAAAAUGCUGAAAUUCAGAAGGGAUCUACCGUGAUUAACAAACAUCUCAGCAGAGUAAAAGCUUUAGAAGAUGAGCUUUUAAAAUAUGAGCACAAUGUCAAGGGAGCAACAAGGAACUCAGACAAAAUCACAGGAAAUUUAAAGCAAGAGAUACUUAUUCUUCAGAUGGAGAAAAAAGCUGCAGAGAAAAAUGUAGAACACUUGAAUGUUAAAGUUUCGGAGUUGAGCUCUUCUUUGCACAAAGUAAAAGAGGAAUUAGAAAAAGAAGGCAAAGACAGAAAAAACAAAGAAUCUAUCAUAAUGCAACUUGAAUAUGACCUUCAGAAAAAUAAAUCAUUAAUUGAAAAAAUACCUAACUCAGACAAAUCCCAACUAAAUCGCCAUCACGAAAAUUUGGUCCUUCAGAGAGAGAAAAGAGAUGCUUUAGAGAAAAGUGACUCAUUGCCGUCUGAGAUCAUACUGCUAAAGGAAAACCUUAAGCUUAACCAAGCAGAAGCUGAGAGAAUGCAAAAAGAGAAUUCUCUCCUCAGACUGCGGUCACAGCUGAUGGAGGAACAGGUCGCAAAGUGCAAGAGAAUGCUGGAAGAAUUGAAAACCAAACUGGAACUUCAGAAGCAGGGCUACGAAAAGCAUCUUAUGUUAGUGCAGAAAGAAAUGGAAAAAAGAGUAAUGUUAGCACAGUCGGAUAGGAAAAACGAAAAAGAGGUGUCACAAAAAUAUGCUCAUGGUUCAGAAUUAAAACAGAUGCUCACUGAGUAUCUGAAAGAAGAGGGUCAAAUAUUGCAGGCAGCCCCCCAAAAUAUAUCAGAAUCAAAAAAGCAAGUUGAUAUCAGAGUAGACAGAUUGGAGCAAGAAGGAAUUACACACGACCAAGAUAUACAAAAGGCGAGAUUGCAAUUUGCUCAAUUUGAGGAAGGCAAACCUAACCUGUAUUCAAAGGUAAAUGCUUUACCAAGCAAGGAUCGUUCAACAUAUCUCCCUCGAGAUGGCAAUUGUAAAAUGAAGGCAAAGGGAGCAAGCUCUCAUCCGGGACUAAUCGAGUCAGACAUCAAAGAGGUUCAAACUCUUGAGGGGGUUACAAUGGAGAAGGAAACCCAGAACUUUAGGGAACAGGAAGGUACCAAAUUAGGCCAUCAAUAUGUGAAAGACUCAGAUGCUGCUAUCCUAAAGACAGAUAAUACAGCCAUGCAGAAAUUGGAGACAAAAUGCAACAGGGAGCAGGAGAUUCUCCAAAUGAAAAGCCCCUUAGAGGUAUGGGAUGAAGUCUGUUUCACUUACACUAUCUCUUGUUCAUUCAUAGUCUUCUCUAACCAAAAGCUAUUCUAAUUUCCAUUCCACAGAUGACAACAUUACAGAACAAAGACAUUCUUAAAGAGUUCAAACGAGACAACAUGAAAGUCAUUGCUAGUCAUGCAACUAUGGCACACUCAAUUCCUCUAAGUCCCACUUCACCACAAGGCGUAUAUGCGAGAGGAAUGUAUCAAAUUUAUUCCAGUAAGAGUCCAACCCAAAAGACGCAAGGAUACAUGGCCCUGUGUGCACCGUCAGAGUACCAGAGCGAAAAAAACAGCAUCUUUAUGACAAGGACAUACCACCUUCAGGAAAGACCUGAAGCAAGAGAUACGUCAAUGAAAAGUGCUCCGGAAAGUAGGAACAGUCUCAUCUUGUGGAAU